AUGAAGCAGAAGUUGGAUGAAGAGGGUAACAAAUGCAGCAUCCUUUCCAAGCAGCAGAAGUUCAACGAGCACUGCUGUAUUCGCUGCUGCUCCCCUUUCACAUUUCUUAUCAACAGCAAACGACAGUGCCAAGACUGCAAGUAUAACAUCUGCAAGAGCUGCAGUACUUAUGAGAAGAAGGAGAAGGCUUGGAUUUGCAGUGUCUGUCAGCAAGCAAGGCUCCUAAGGACCCAGUCUCUGGAUUGGUACUAUAAUAAUGUCAAAAGCCGCUUUAAGUGUUUUGGAAGUGCCAAGGUCCUGAAGAACUUAUACAAGAAGCAUAGACUGGAGAGUGGAGCUUGUCCUGAUACAAUAGAGGGAAGUUUGUUUGAAGGAAGCUUUGAGAAUGAAGGAAGCGUUUGUGGCAGUGACUCUACAUUCUACCAACAGACAGAAGGACACAGCAUGAUGGAUACCCUUGCUGUGGCCUUACGUGUUGCAGAGGAAGCAGUGGAAGAAGCUAUUUCUAAGGCAGAGACCUACAGUGACAGCUUGGACAAGCAGAAUGAAGCUUGUUACUUGCAGGAGCACAAGGAGGACCUAAUAGAAGAGCUGGCCACAACCAUUGUGCAGAAGAUUAUAAAGAAGCAGAAAAGCAAAGCUGAGCAGGCCGAGGCUGACUUUGAAUGGCCACCAUCCAGGAGCAGUGGCCUGGCAUCUGUUGCUGUCUCAGAUCAGAGUAUGCUGACAUUUCCAGGGAGCCGCAGGGGGUCCUACACAUUGUGGAGGUCUCAGUCUGCAUUCUCCCUGGCUAGUGAAGAUACAACCAGUAAAGGACAAGACCCUGCAUCAUCUGUGACAGAGCCACUUCGGAGGCAGCAGAAAGGACAGUCCAGGAAACAGAAGGAACGCAAACAUACUGCAUUACCCAGCUGGAAGAGUGUGGACAGGCUAAAUGAAACAAGCCCGCCUUCUGUUUUUCAAAGCACUGAUGGAAACUGGGUAGCUUUGCAGAAUGUCACUUUGCCUCGUCCUCGAAUGCUCGCCAAACCAAAGAGUCAGGUAUUCAGAGCUUUGGAGAAUGAAUCCAACGUUGUAUCUGCCUAUGACGAGAUGGGCUCAGACAGCGAGGAUGACUAUGACUGGAAUGUGGCCUUGAACAAGCUGCGUCGGAGACCUCGACAAUUACCAGACGAUUUCUAUUAUAACAAUUCCCAGUACGGUACCGAAUGGGUUUACGGCAACAAUCAGUACCAGGCAGUGACCUCCCCUUCCUCUGAGUUAUAUACCAAUACAGAGACACUGCUCUCUGAUUCGGAAACAUCUUCAGUAAACUCUUCCCAGGAAGCUAAAGGACCUAGCAAACUUCUCUGGUUGCAAAGCAGAACUCAAAGUGAUAUGCCCAGAAUGGAAAAGAAACAUUUCCAUGGAGAACUGGAUGUGAAUUUCAAUCCACAGGCAACUAGCUUAGAGUAUUCGGACAGCAGUGAGACUGAAGAAGUCCACUAUGAUUUAGAAAAGAGAUCAAGAAGGUGGAGGAAGAACAAUGCAGUCUCUGAAGAAUUAUGUGAAGAAAAAAAUCAGGCAAAAGCCAACAAGAUGAAUCUAAGUCAGGAACUAACAGCUCUUGCAAAUGUAGAUAAUCCAUCUGCUCAUUGUAAGGAUGUUGGAAAGCAAAAAAAGGGGAUAAUAGACGUACCUGAAUCCAGCUGUAAUACAACCAAUACUCUCAAGGAUUUUGAUGAUUUAUCAGAAACAGAUAUAAGCAAUGAGGAUCAGCACCAGAAUAUCAAGCCUGACCUUAUGGAGGAGGAGCUUAAAUCCAGGUUAUUUCAGCUUGCUGCUAAAAUGAGUGACAAGGAAACAUCUUCUGGUGAAGAACAAGAGUCAGAACUUGGAAUAGAUCCUGAAAACCAGAAGGAGAGUUUGUCCUCAGAGGAAAAUGGCAGAAGUAUUCAGGAAGAGUUAAAGAAGAAGUACUCUGCUGUCUCUCUCUGCAACAUAUCUACAGAAGUCCUGAAAGUCAUCAAUGCCACUGAAGAACUGAUAGCAGAAUCCACUGAUCCCUGCGAUUUCCCAGAUGACAUUCAGGACAGAGGAAGAGGGACCCUCCCACUGGGGACAGACCCUGUCAGACUUGAUGAGCAGCUCACCACACUGGAAGAAAAU